CGCAAUUAAAUGUGAUCAGGUGUCAGUUGGUGUUGUCAUUCUUUCAAAAUUUUAGGUCAGAUGGUUUUUCGAUUCCUGUGCCAAAUUGCUCGUAAUGCAAAAUUCAUUAUAUUCCGGCAUGGCAUCCGAGGUUAUUCACGGCGUCUACGACCCCGUACCGUGUUGUCUAAAAAAAGUACUCGACAGCGAUACGGUGUCCAAAGAAACUGGACACCGGCAUUGACAUUUCAAAAUUUAUCAAAGAGAUUUUCUGCAAAGAAGCAUUGCACUCACGAGAACUGUGGCUUGUUCCUCGGCCUUCCAAGCGCAUUAAUUAGUUCAAGAUAUUGCCACACGCCUUGCGAAGAUUACAAAUACCCCUUUGGUAAGCAAGCGAUUCCUGCGAAUGUUCCUCUAAACCCACUCAAGCAAAAAUAUGUGCCAAAAGAUCCCCCAAAAGAGUGUCCAAAGGAAGAAGAGCCUACGAUAAGGGCAGACGAUUCAUGCAGAACGUCGACUAAACCCUUACCAUCGUUAACUCGCCAAUUAUACACUCCGUGCAACGAACCACUACCAGAAUCUCCACCCCUUGAACGUCUAAAACCGCGCGAAUUACACGAGGUUCGUCACGUAUGCAACCCACUCCCUCCUAUCGAAUGUCCUCCACGAGCUGAUGAUAACCUCAAGCUCCACAAGCAAAAAUUACCAAAACUAGAAACAUCCUUCCUUCCAAAGAUUCACGCGUGUAAUUACGUCGCAGAGCCUUUAAAGCGUUUACCAAAAGUAGACAUACCAGAACCUCCAAAGCUUUGCACGGAAUCCACGAUGCAAUGUCAUACUCCACGCGCAGAUUAUAAUAUACGCGUGGGAAAAAGGCGCCUGCCAAUGAUAAAGUUCGACUUCGUACCCGAAACUAAAGCAGUUCCUCCCCCAUGUCCCAAAUUAAAGCGAUUGCCAAACCUCGAAUCUUGCGACCAACCCAAAAAGCCGGCCGUUGCACCACCGGAGCCUUGUCCCACUCGCUGCGACGAUGUGAGCAAAACGGAUCCCCCGAAACCAUUGGCGACCCUAAUACUUAAAGAAAACAAUAAUUUCGUCAGCACACGCGAAUAUAACAAAAAGAAGGAACCGCCUACUUUUAAUUUUACCAUUAAACGCAAAUUUAGCCUUAUGGCAAUUAUUACAAGCCCAUGGACGGUAUCGUUCCUUACCGUAAAUGCGCUUGCUUUAAAUUAUUAUAGUAAAAUGAACGAUGAAAAACUGGCACUCGUAGAAGAUUGCGAAACUUUCAUUCAUGAAAAGGUUCAAGAUGGUGAUUCACAACCUUCCAUUUGCCAAACUACACGAAGUAAAAGCCUCCCCUACCUUGUUCUAAAUAAAGAAAUGCACACACUUGCACCAAACCAGCGAUUUUCCACCGUUCACCGAAAAUUCGCGUCGUCAAACUCCCAAAAACUUGACAAAAAGUGCAACAAACGGUGCGUAAAAAUUAAAAUUCCGGGUAUAGCAGCGAGACAGCGGGAAACAUGCCAAAAGGAGUACGUAGAAAAGCCGGGUAAAAAGACAAAGUGUCCUUACCCUUCAUUUUCGGAGUCGGUCAAAGAUUUGGAGUACUCCGUUUGCGAGUGCCCGGAACUUCCCAAACUUUUGCAGCCGAAGAACGAAAUGAUACCUAACAGUAAAUUGCUGGAACCUGUCAGUCCGGAGUGGUCGCCCAUAGAUGUAGAUGUGGAGGCGAAAUGCGUUAAAGAGAAGCUCCAAAUUGAGCCGGGAGAGACAAGGACUUGUGAAAACUUCCACUGUCCUCCCACGCGAAUCGACGUCAACUACUCCAAAUCACAAACUACCGAGAAGUGUGUACCGAAAAAAUUUGAGGAAAGGCGAAAGAUUGCGACGGAACCUUGCCCUAAACCCAAACCUUCUAACCCUUGGAAGAAGUGCUACGCGUCCUGGGCGGCAACUGAACGUGCUAGAUGCAUGAGCACACAGUCCACAGUCGAAAACACAGCCUCAUUCUGGCAGUCACUGUGCGGUUUGUUUAAAACAAGCGAAGGAAAACCGGAGGACGCACUUACUCGAAGUAAGGUCCCGCCGCCUUCAUUUAAAUGUAGAAAAUGCGGAAAGUAUGAUGAUAAGCCAAAGUCCAGGAAGGUCGCUAAAAAGGUGCAAAAGACGAAGGCGGCUAGUGCAACCACCAGUAAAGAACUAGAGGAGAUGUUAAAAAUGGGAAUCGAAAAUCCAUACACUAACAUUGAUUGCGAGAGUCUGAUAUCUCUUCCGAUAGCGUCUCGCGCAGAACUUGCGUUGGAAAAGGCAACCUCCGCCCCUUUACACACUGUAGCGCUCCAGAGAGCCCCAUUUCCGAGCUUCUCGGAGAGCAAUCCGGAGUUCAAGAAAAUUACCCUAACCGAACGGGAGGUGGCGAAACGGCACGCUAAACUUGCGAAACAGCACCUGCUGUCCACCGGCCAUUUCAACAUUUGCAAAUGUGCCAAAUGUGAAAGAUCGUUUAGCACCCUGCGAGGGGCGCUCGAACAAUUUUCCGACGGCAACAGAAUUAGGUACGAAGAUUUGCCUCUCGAUUUAUUUUCGCCCAGCGUCGGUGCCGAUGAAGAGGAGGAAGUUCGGGUUACUGAGUCUUUUAGGAGCCAACUGUACGCAAAGGAGGGCGGUUAUCAAGUCGACGAGUUUAAUGAACUGCGAGAGAUCUUCAAUGCCAUUGAAGGACGCGACGAGUAAAUUUUGUUAAUUGCAUUUAUUGUACGCAUUCAUUAAAACAGUACGUCACGGGA